AUGGCAGUAAUCCCGUCGCCCGAGGCGGAACACGAGCGCUUCAUCUCGUGGGCAAAAGAUCAGCUUGGUGUCACUAUCGACGGUGUCACGCCCGCCCGCCUGCCCGGAAGAGGUCUGGGCGUCCUCGCGACCAAGCCACUGAAACAGGGGGACCUGCUGGUCUCCGUCCCGGCCAAAGCGCUGUUGACGACCGAGACGAAGCACGUCAAAGAUGUUGAGGUGCCAAAGGAAGCCACCGUCCAUGCCCGCCUAGCCGCUUACCUGACCCUGAUGGACGGGAGGGACGAUGCGCCGCAUCGGAUCUGGCAGCCGGUGUGGCCGAAGAAGGAAGAAUUCGAGUCAAUCAUGCCGAUGAACUGGGAGGAACGUGAAAAGGAGCUACUCCCGGCCCAUGCGAAGAGUCUCUUGGAGAAGCAGCAGGAGAAGUUCGAGAAAGAUUGGCGGUCCCUCAAGGCGCACCUUCCGAGCAAGGACCUGUUCACCUACUAUUGGCUGAUUGUAAAUACGAGAACCUUCUACUGGGACUAUCCGACAACUACUCGCACGGGCAAGCAGCAGGUCAAAAGGCGCAAGCUCGCCCCCGACGAUUGCAUGGCGCUGUGCCCGUUCAUGGAAUACUUCAACCAUGCCGACGAAGGAGAAUUCGAGUGCACGGUGGACCAUGAUAUGAAAGGGUUCACCAUUACCUGCAAUCGCGAAUAUAAUCCCGGCGAGGAGGUCUUUCUCUCGUACGGUCCACAUAGUAACGACUUUCUUCUCAUUGAGUACGGCUUCAUUCUCGAAUCCAAUAAAUGGGAUGAGACCAAGCUUGAUGAUGUUAUCCUUUCCAAGCUUUAUCAGGACAAGAAAGAUGCACUGGAUGAAUGUGGUUUCUUAGGGAACUACACCAUUGAUUCGUCCCAAAUCUGCCAUCGCACGCAAGUUGCGUUGCGGGCGCUGGUCCUUCCUGGAAAGACAUGGCGCCGCUUCGCAGAUGGCUUUGACGACGGUGAGCGUGAACGGGAGAGCGUUGAUGAGCGUCUUAUCCAGAUCUUGAAGCAAUACGAGCGCGAAAUUGACACGGUGGAUGAUGAUAUUCAAAAGCUUCCCGCCUCCGACAGAAGGAAUACUCUGGAAAAGCGCUGGGAUCAGAUACGUGACAUUGUAGAGGGGCAGCUGAAGCGUUGA